GUGUGUGUGUGUAGCCGGCAGAGAGGGUGGGGAGGACCGGGGACAGGGUCAGUGGAAGAUUUCUUGCAGCCUGGGGGGCUUUGGACCUUCUGAGGAAGCGCAGGCAGCAGAAGCUGGAUCUUAUUUGUCGAAAGAGAAGCCAAUGUAAACGCAGCUGCCUCCCAGCUCUGUUCUCAUUACACGCCUACUGCUGUCCUGCCGCCUGCUUCCCCUCAGCUCGUCUUCUCCAUCUUCUCACAUUAGUGUUCAGAGAGAGCCCUGUCUGCACACCGCCAGUCAGUUUUCUCCUGUGUUGGUGUCUUCUGAUGGAUGAAUAUGUCCACUACUAAUAAUAUCGCCCAGGCCAGGAAACUGGUGGAGCAGCUGAGGAUCGAGGCAGGAAUUGAACGCAUUAAGGUGUCUAAAGCGGCGGCGGACCUGAUGAGUUACUGUGAGCAGCACGCUCGAAGCGACCCCCUGCUGGUUGGCGUGCCCACCUCUGAAAACCCUUUCAAGGACAAGAAGCCUUGCAUCAUCCUAUAGCUUCAUACGUGCUUUUUUUUUUUUUUUUUUGCCCUCACACACACACAUACACACCCACACACAUCAGAUUCUCCUAUUCACAUAGGCUCACACAUAAAAGUUGACUUUUGCUAUCAAAAUAGGUCCCCACCCAUCCUCAGACGCCAAGAAACCCCAGCUGGCGUUUGGGGGUUACACACACAGUCGCUCCAAAUUUAGCCACUCUGAAACAGUGCCACAAUCCAGAACCACCACUAGGGGGCAGGUAUCUUGUCCUUAUAGCUUCUGAGAUGAGUUAAGCAUAGAGUAUGGUCCAAAGUGCUUUGGUAUUAUUCCCAUAUGCUGGUGAAUUAACAACCGCUUAACUUGAAAAGUUAUUUCUGACAUUUAACAAUUGGUAGGAGGCCCGCUACUUCUCCGUCGCCAGUCAUGAAACGAGGUGUCGGGUAAAUGAUGGGCAGCUGCUGCACAGGCAGGCAGUGGGAAGAAGCAUGUGGGCAACACAAAUAAGUGGUGGGCGCCAGUCCGACCGUGCCAAACACGAGCCAGUGUCGCAGCGAAAAGCUCAAUAAAUGCUUAAUCUUCUGCGGGAACUUUAAGAUAAA